GGGUCCAGGCGGCGCUGGUCACACACUUGUCGCUGGCGCUCAGGGGCCCGGCUCCUCGCCCCUCCCCCACAGGCUCCGCACUAUUUUGGGUGGUGUAGACCCCGCCCCCACCUCCGACCGGGCCCUGGCUCUCCAGGCAGCUGGAGGGGUCGCUGCUGUGUUGGGGCUGCACCUCGGACCAGGGCCACCAACGCUUCUGCAGCCAUGUCGGGCCGCUCUGUGCCACAUGCCCACCCGGCCACCACCGAGUACGAAUUUGCCAACCCCAGCCGCCUGGGAGAGCAGCGCUUCGGAGAAGGACUCCUGCCGGAAGAGAUCCUGACCCCCACCCUCUAUCACGGCUACUAUGUCCGGCCCCGGGCCACCGCAGCUAGGGAGGGCAGCAGGGCAGGGGCCUCUGAGCUUAGGCUCAGUGAGGGCAAGUUUCAGGCGUUUUUGGACGUCAGCCACUUUACCCCAGAUGAGGUGACCGUGAGGACUGUGGAUAACCUGCUGGAGGUGUCUGCCCGGCACCCCCAGCGCCUGGACCGCCACGGCUUCGUGUCCCGAGAGUUCUGCCGCACCUAUGUCUUGCCUGCUGAUGUGGACCCCUGGCGGGUCCGCGCUGCUCUCUCCCAUGAUGGCAUCCUUAACCUGGAGGCACCUCGGGGUGGCCGACAUUUGGACACAGAGGUCAAUGAAGUCUACAUCUCCCUGCUCCCUGCACCUCCUGAUCCCGAGGAAGAGGAGGAGGCAGCCAGUGUGGAGCCCGAGUGCCAUGGAGCCAGCACGCAGUGAACCCCUUCCUACCUCCCACGGUGAUAUGAGCAGCUGCCCACCACCCCAGAGGUAGCAGCACCCUUGGGGGAAGGGAAGAGUGCAUGGCCCACAAUGUAUGGUUUGGUCCCUUGAGACAUGUCAUAGCCUUCGGUUUAGUUCUGGGUGGAGCUGAAUAAACCCAAAUUUC